AUGCCCAUUACAUACGCAGUCCUAUACCCUCGGGAAGCAGAAGUCAACCUGGAUUACUUCAUCAAUGUCCACAUACCCUUAGCAGAAAGACUCUGUGGCAAGGAUGUGCUCCUCUCAUGGGAGGUGUUCACGUUCCCUUCCGAUGCACCGUACUGCCUUCAAGCCAAUGUGACCUGGGCCAGUGCCGAGGCAAAAGCCGCCGCUAUGUCGGGUGAGAAUGGGAAAGUGUUGAUAGAUGAUGUUGAGAAGUACGCCAAAGCACGGCCGUUCUCUAUGGCGCGAGAAGAAGUAGCUCGGAGUAUGUCUGUAUAA